ACAAUGUGGAUCCUUCGAAAAGUCCAAGAGAGUGCCGAGAGCUUUCCAAUGGAGAUAAGCCGACUUGUGGGUAAAAACUCAGACGAGAUCUCAGCCAAGGCAAACCUUCUCAAUAAACUCCAUAGCAAUGUCCUGACACCAGACAAAAUUCCUGACUUCUUCCUGCCUCCCAGGCUAAGUAGACGCUCUCUUGCAGUGGAGGGCAUUGUUUCACACUGCCUCGAUGAAACUGGAGACAACUGCAGUCAGACCUCGCAACCAAAUUCUGACCCAACUACUACAGUGUUGAAGACAGAUAAAAACAAGGGCAACAGGGUGGCCUUGAGGGGCCAAAUAAAGCCAAUUCCAUUUUCACUUAAAAACUAUGAGUCGGGUUUUUUCGAGAGUCCGAACACUCGUCGCAAGGAGUCAUUGUUUCACUCUGCACUUUCCAGCUACACACUUGAGCGGGUGACCAACAGGAUGGUGCCAAAACUGCCCUCCAUAGCACUGCUGAAAGUGGACAGCAUGGAGAGUGACACCAGUUCUUCUGCUGACUCCUCCCCUCACAGCUCACCACCUCCAAUCAGGAGCAAACAUGGGACCAUUUUGAUGACAUAUUCUUCAUCGAAAGAAUCUCUUCAUAAAGAUGAUUUACUGAGCUCCAAAAACACAGAUGACAAGACCAAUUUGACAAGAGAUAGCCAUGUUGCUCAACCUGCUUCCUCAACUUUAGCCCCACCCCUUCAAUUCCCACUGGACACGCUACAUUGUCAGGAACGCCUCCAUUGUGAGCACAUCCUCCUCCUCCCCCACAGGGGCUUCAUUCGUCUCUCUGCCUCUCAUGCCAACAUGGAUAGAAAUCUAUCCACCAUCCGAAUUCGGGUGGUCUCUGUGGAGGACCUGCGUGAACCCGGUGACCUCCGACCACUGAAUUGCGGUCUCACCUUGAGCCUGAGUCCAGGCAAGCUGCAGCGGCAGCACAGUGCUAUCAUCAGGAACUGCCGCAAUCCUGUGUUCAACGAGGACUUCUUCUUCACAGAACCAGAAGGAGAGGAGCAAGGGCUGAGGAAAUUUGCUCUCCAGGUGAAGGUGCUGGAGAAGAACUCUGGUCUGGGAAGGGCUGCAGUGCAUGGGGUUAUCAGCAAACCACUCACUGAACUACUAGCAUUGUAAAAGCAAUACUAAAAAUUAUCUUUCCACCAUGAAACCCUUUGUGCUUGACUUUAGUUUGAUGGUCAGAUCAUUUUGACCUGAGAGUAGAAUGCUGAAAUAAAAGUGUUUUUAAAAAAUGACCAACCAGCAGGUAACACUGCUGUCUCACAGCUCCAGGGUCCUGGGACUGAUCCUCCUGCUCGGGUUAUUACCUAUGUCUUCCCUGUGUUGUGUGGGUUUCCUCCUAGUUCUCCAUUUUCCUCCCACCUCCCCAAAAAAUUCUGGGUCACGGGGGAGCCUGGAGCCUAUCCCAGGGAACUCAGGGCACAAGGCGGGGGACACCCUGGACGGGGUGCCAAUCCAUCUUAGGGCACAAUUCCACUGGGGGAGGAAAAUGGAGUACUUCGGAGGAAACCCCUGAAGCACAGGGAGAAUGUGCAAGCUCCGCGCACGCAGAGCGAAGGCAGGAUUCAAAUCCCCAACCCCAGAGAUGCGGGGCAACAGUGCUAACCACUAAGCCACCAUACCCCUUAACUUUGUUCUUGUUGCAAUGUAUUUAAACAUAUUGCAAGGGAAUUCAAGUAUGUUGCAUUGUCAUGAGAUGUCUAAUGUCUAAUGUAUUAGAGCAUUUCCAACAGUAUGGAUAUGAUGUUUGAAUUCGAAUUUAAUUGCAAAGCAUCAAAAUGAGAAAGAGUGCAUAUCUGGUCAUGUGAUCUUUUAAGAACAGACAAGUAUUUAAAAAUAGAAUAUUUACUUAUUUAUGCAUAGCUGUUUAUGAAUGUUAUGAAUGUCACAAUGUGUUUUUUGGGGAGACUACACAUAUUAAACUCACCAUGCAUAUAUAA